AUAUGACAAGCUCGGUGAAAUCUGUCGUGGUGUGGGAGUGGAUGAAUGAGUACGGUCGAUGGCGGCCUUAUGAUCCACAUAUAGCUAAUUUUAUUGAGUCUAGUUACAGAAAAAGCCCAUCAGUGCAAGUAAACUUGGGAAAUGUGACCCCAAAUAUGGGAAUGUACUCGAUAGAUUUUCUAACUAUGUGCCAAGUUCGGUUUGGAACAGGAACUGCAAGACCAGUUCGACGUCAACUGUACCCAGACUCGAGUCCUCCAGGGAAAGGCAUCAUAUGGCAGUGGGAGGGGGAUAAUCGAGGUCAGUGGAACUCUUUUGACAUGGAGGUAGCAUGUCUUCUGGAGGACCAUUUUUCUAACCCUGCCAAUAGAAACAAAGAGUUGAAUCUCACAAAGACAGCUGUUAAACUUCCAUAUAUCAUGGACUUCAGCAACAUGACUCAGAAACGAAUUGAGACAGGGAGGCUUCGAAUGAUAAGACGUGAAUUACUGCCCAUGCCUUAUUUGAAUUCUAGUCCUUCUGAUGGAAUUCCCUCAAGUUCAGGGACAGUAAAUGGUCAGACUAGCAGUACUGUCAAUUGUCAGUUUAGUGGACAAAGUACCACAAGUGGUCAGUCUAGUAGCUCUUGUACCACAAAUGGUCAGUUUAGUGAUACCAGUACUUUGAAUGGGCCUAAUUGUGCUAAACGACAGAGAAUGUCUGGAAAUGGACAGUUUCUCUCAAAUUCUUUAUCAAGUGGUUCAGCAGGACCUCUGACAAGGAAAAGAUUAUACACACACAUGACUCAAAACUCAGCUCCACCUACCUCUGUUCACAUGAAUUCUCUGUCUCAAAUCCACACCAAUCAGAUUACUCAUCCAGUGCCUCAAUCGCAGCAGGUAUCCAGUCAGAAUAGCCAGAGCAUGCAGAUUCCUCAGACUUUUUCCAAUCAGAUGCCAGUUUCCUCUGGUAUCUUGGCCAGUGGCCUUGUUCCCCACAGUAGUGUGUUCCAGCGGGCAGUCAACUUUCUUCAGGCAAAUAUCUCGCAGAAUUCCAGCUUACCCAUCCAUCCCCACAUCUCGGCCAGAAUGGGACUGGCAGGUGGGAGCAAUGUCGCCUAUCACAACAUGCACAGUAUAAACAGUCAAUCUUUGGGUGGAUCAAACAGCAGAGCAGGGGUGACAAGUUCAACUGCCAAUGUUCUAUCUUAUCCUCCCAAUUCUCUGGUUCCCCAUGUUGCCUCAUCAGCUGAUGUACAGCCCUCCAUUUCUUCUGGAGCCACAGGGGGAGCCACUGGUUUUUAUCUACCACCAAAAGACAACAUUCCAAAUAAUGUGUCCAAGCAAACAACCCAUUCCACAGGUAACUGGGCUGGUUGUGAAGUGUUUGAAAAGUAUGUUUCAAUUCUGAACACUCCCCCCGAUGAUGAGGAUUGUUGUAUAUGCUGUGAGAAGCUUACCCAUCCCUCUGGUUAUGGUGAAGGAAAGACAGAUGAGAAGGUUGUGUUCAAACUCCAGAAAUGUGGUCACAUGUUUCAUAAGCUAUGCAUUUUGGCUAUGUAUGAGAGCACCACAAAGAAUGGUUCGGUUCAGUGCCCUACAUGUAAAACAAUAUAUGGAGAGAAACAUGGAAAUUGUCCAGAUGGUGUCAUGGAAUAUCUGACUCUACCCCACUCAUUACCGGGCCACGAGGGCCACCAAACAAAGAUCAUUAUAUAUCAUAUAGCCCCAGGGAUUCAGGGCUCAGAACAUCCCCACCCUGGGAAACGCUACACCUGUAGGGGAUUCCCAAGGGUGUGCUACCUUCCAGACAGUGAGAAGGGUAGAAAGGUCCUGAAGUUGUUGAUAGUUGCAUGGAAGAGAAGACUGACCUUCACGAUUGGUCAUUCCACCACGACAGGGGAAUCAGACACGGUGACAUGGAAUGAAAUACACCAUAAAACCGAAUCUGGGAGGAACCACUCCGGGCAUGGUUUCCCGGAUGAUAAAUAUCUGGAUAAUGUGUUAAUGGAGCUAAAUGUGCAGGGUGUUACCGAGGCAGAUCUGAUGUCAUAAAGUACAAUAUUACCAUGGUUACAGAGGCUGAUCUGAUGUCACAGAUGAAGGACAUAACCAAGGUUACAUAGGCAGAUCUGAUGUCAUAGACAAUAUUGCCAUGGUUACAGAGACAGAUCUUAUGCUACAAACAAUAUUACCAUGGUUACAUACAUGUAGAUAGAUCUGAUGCCAUAGACAACAUUACUAUGGUUACAGAGGCAGAUCUGAUGUCAUGGACAAUAUUACCAUGGUUACAGAGACAGAACUUAUUUUACAAACAAAUAACUAUAGUUACAAAUAUUUAAAAACAGAUAAUGCUGAUUAUUUUUUGGUAGCAGGGAUUGUUACCAUGAGUAGAGUGUUAUAGUUAUAUGAUGAAAGAAGAUAUUUUGUUUGUUGAUGACCUGUGAUGCUUAAUUGUAUAUUGUCUCACUCAUGUUGCUAUGGUGAUUAUAACAAAAAUUAA